GGCCCGGCCCGUGUAAUAUUUGAUCCAAUUCAGAGGUGCUGAGGGGUAGGGGCUCUUCGGUAAUUUGGCGAGUUGGGAGAAGAAGGGAUUCGUUCGACAGGCGGCGAUCGGGAGGGGCUGAGGCCGGCGAGGGCGAUGGAGGAGGAGGUGACGGGGAGCGGCGCGGGGAUUGGGAGGAAGAUGGCAGCGGGGGAGGUGGAGCUGAAGGAGAAGUCGGGGACGGCUUGGAGCCACUCGUACCUGAACCAGAAGCCGUGGCACCCGCUCUCGUACCCGAACCAGCGCCGCAAGUGGAUCGCCGAGCAGGUCCACGCCAACCGCGCGCGCCGCCAGGAGGACGUGCAGCGGGAGUUCGCGCAGGAGCAGGAGUUCUUUCGACAGACGGCGCUCUUUUCCAAGAAGGACAAGGAGAAGAUGGAGGUAAUGAAAGCUGUGAGUUUUAUGUACGUGCGCCCACCUGGCUACAAUGCAGAGAGUGCAAAAGCUGCUGAAAUUGAAGAUGAGAAGAAGAAGUCAGAUCCAGGUGACAUGGCUCAAGGUGCAGCAGCAGCAAGUACCUCUUCAGUGCCUGAUAAGGGACCUGAAAAGACUCAAACAGGUGCAGAUAAGAAAAAUAGACCAAAAGAUGUUUUUGGUCGGCCAUUGCCAACAGAACAAGAAUUCGAGGUUCUCAAAAAUGCUCCAAGGUUAGAAACAGGUGCUCCUGUAAGAAUCAAGCCAUUUGGAGUUGAAGUUCGUAAUGUUAGAUGUUUAAGGUGUGGAAACUAUGGUCACCAAAGUGGUGACCGGGAAUGUCCAUUGAAGGAUGUGAUCAUGCCUAACGAGGAGAGUCGAUUGAAAAGGGAUGAUCCACUUACAACUAUUAUGGCACAGACUGAUUCAAGUGAGCCUUUGAAAUGGGAACUUAAGCAAAAGCCUGGCAUGAGCCCUCCUCGUGGUGGAUUCGACCCAGAUGAUCCUAAUCAGCAGAUUGUGGCAGAAGACAUCUUUGAUGAAUAUGGAGGUUUUCUGGGCAACUGUGAUAUUCCAGCUCUCAUUUCCAACUUUACUGCUAGCAAAUCCAAGAAACGUUCCAAGAAGAAAAGCAAACAUAAGCAGGUUGAAUCUGCUAUUCUUAAGGAAUCCAGUAGACACAAAAGCAGUUGUCGUUUAUCAUCGGACUCUGAAGAUGAGAAGAGAAACAAUACAUCAAGAAGCAAAAGAAGGAAAAAAUAUUGUUCUGAUUCAUCAUGUUCUGAUUCUGAGGUGGAUGCUAGAAAAGGCAAGCAUAGGCCAAAGCAUAAGCAUAAGAAAAAACACUGGUCAGAGUCUUCUUCUGAUUCAGAAGUUGAGGUUCGUGAAGAUACAAGGAGGCAUCUGAAGAGGGAACACAGGAAGGAGAAAAGAGAGGAAUCACCGUCGUCCUUCUCUAAGGAUAAAGGAGACUCAGAAAGCAGAAGGCAUUCAAGGCGUUCAAGGGAGAAGCGCCACUACAGUUAUUCAUCGAGUUCUGAUGAUAGUGAGAGGCAUCGACACAAGGAAAAACAAUAUUGCAGUGACUCGAGUUCUGGUCGGAGCCAUCGACACUUAAGGAGAUCGAGGGAAAAGAGAUAUGACAGUGAGUCGAGAUCUCCUGACGCCAACAGGCGGCCGAGGAGAUCAUUGGAGAAGCAGCGCCAUACUGAUUUGAGCCCGCAUCAUACCGACAGGCAUUCACAGAGAUCAAGCGGUAAGCGAGACUGUACUGAGUCAAGUCGUUAUGAGAGCAGCAGACAUUCAAGGAGAUCCCGGGAGAAACGACGCUACUCUGAUUCAAGUGCCUCUGAUUACUCAGACUCUGAUCGGCACAACAAACACCGCCAUCAUCCUAGGAAAAAUUGAUCCGCACGGGGUAUGUAAAUUGUGCCCACUCCACAGUAUGUAUCUUGAGUCUGGUUAAUGGUGACUGCCUCAGGGCCGUCCUCUGUGAUGUAACAGUAAUGCAGUUGUUCUAUAACCUCCGUUCUAAAUUAUAAGUCAUUCCAAGAAUCUUGGAAAGUCAAACUUUUUCAAGUUUGACCAAAUUUAUACAACAAGAUAAUAACAUUUACGAUACCAUAUAAAUAUCAUUAGAUUCUUUGUUAGUUAAAUUUUCAUAAUAUACCUAUUUGAUGUCAUAAAUCUUUGCGUUUUUCUCUAUAAUUUUGGUCAAACAUUGAGAUGGUUUGACUCUUCACGAUUUUUGGAAUGACUUAUAAUUUGGAACGGAGGGGGUAUUGUUGUAGCAUGUGAUAGGGGUCCCAGAAUGUAGGUAGUGGUUUAAUUUUGUGCGUCUGGCUGCCUUUUGGUGCUGUGCAGUCGCUAAUAAAGUUUUAUUUUUUGGGUGAAAUGUAACGCUUCUUUGCGUGAA